CUGAUGUAAGAAUAUACGUUUGCAAAACAAAACCAACUAGUGCGCUGCUACCUCGGUACCGUAACUUGAAAAAAUUGUACUACUCUGAUCUCCAAUUUUUUUUAAGUUUCAAAAGAUUUCAAAGAAGGACCCUUUUCGAUUCCAACUGAUAUGGCAGACAACGCAAAAGUCAAGGAGCUCGUUUCAAAGUGCAUGCAUGCACGGGAAAUGGCAUAUUGCCCUUACAGCCGGUUCCCGGUCGGUGCCGCCAUAUUGACAGCAGGUGGCGAUAUAAUUACGGGUUGCAAUGUGGAAAAUGCCUCUUUUGGGCUCACAGUGUGUGCUGAGCGAACAGCAAUACAGAGAGCCAUAGCAGAGGGACACAGGAAAUUCAGUGCUAUCGCUGUUACAUGUGACAUCAAAGAUAGUUUUGUGGGACCUUGUGGAGCUUGUCGGCAGGUGCUCAUUGAGUUUGGAACAGAUUGGGUUGUGUACUUGACUAAACCAGAUGGAUCAUACAAAGAAACCAGCCUCAAAGAACUGCUCCCUCUAGCUUUCUCCCCAGCCCACCUAGGAAAUUAACUGACACAGCCGUGGACAUAGCCAUAGUUAGCCUACACAGUUACGGUAAUUCACAUGGUAUAGGUAUGUUAUUUCACAUUCAAAAUACUUCUUCUCGCCACAUUCCGUCUAGGCCUAGUGGUACAGCCAGGCAGAAUUUAUAUUUAGAAAAAUUAUAUAAAAAGUUUCUUUCUGAAGAGAAAAGACAACUAUGUUCAACUACACUCAAAUGACUGUUUGCAUUAAAUAAAACCAUAUGAUUUUAAA